AUGGCUGCUAUUCCAGCAAAGCAGACGGCAGUCUGGGUUGAUAAUCCCAGCAAAGAUGCCAAUAUCUACCUUAGAGACGACGUGCCAGUCCCGAUCCCAGGAGACGAUGACGUGCUCGUCAAGAUGGAGUGUAGCGGCCUUUGCCACUCGGACAUAUACAACAUGGCCGGCUCCCACCCGAUGGACGUCCACAUCCCCGGACACGAGGGAGUCGGCACCGUAGUCCAGCUCGGGAGACGAGUGGCGCAGACCGGCCUGCUGAGCCUGGGCCGGCGCGUGGGCAUCAAGUGGAUCCACGAGACGUGCGGAGCCUGCGAGAUCUGCGAGCGCGACGAGACCUCGUGUCCGGACCAGCAUAACUCGGGCCGCGACAGGCCCGGCACGCUUCAGCAGUUUGUCUGCGUCCCGGCUAGGCAUGCCUCGCCCAUCCCGGAUGGGAUCAGAAGUGAGAUGGCGGCGCCACUUCUCUGCGCCGGUUUGACUAUGUACUCGGCCAUCGGGAAAUCUCAGACGCGAAAAGGCGACUGGAUCGUCAUUCAGGGCGCGGGCGGGGGGUUGGGGCAUCUCGGUAUUCAGAUCGCGGCCCGACGAGGUCUAAGGGUCAUUGCAAUUGACGGAGAGGACAAACGGCAACUCUGUCAAACCAUGGGGGCAUCGGCAUUCUUCGAUUUUUGCGACCCGGAGCUGAAUGACAAGGUCCGUUCCCUUACGUCUUCGUUUGGUGCGCACGCGGUGGUGUGCUGCGCAGGGUCAGAGGCGGGCUAUAACCAGGCCAUCGAAUUGUUGAGAGGAGGGGGUACGCUGGUCUGUGUUGGACUGCCGUCCAAUAGGGGCUAUCAUCUGCCUAUUGGCCCCAUGGACAUGGUUGUUCGUGGGUUGACCAUCAUCGGCUCGGCAGUGGGCACAGAAGACGAGAUGCAGGAGCUGUUAGAACUGGCGAGGAAGGGAGAAGUGGUAGCCCAGGUAGACGUCUUGCCGCUGGCACGCUUCAAAGAGGCCAUCGAGGAAGUUAAGGCAUCCAAGACAGCCGGGAGGAUUGUCCUGCAGAUGCCUGGAUAUGAGGAAUAA